AUGGGCUUCACAGAAUUAACCAACCCUCAUAAAGCCAGCAAUUUGCCAGGGUUUGUAAAGUUGUUUAGUUGCCGAUUUUAUCCCAGUUUGAUGUUAGCAUCUGCCUUCAAGUGGAUCAUUAGCUUGUGACACAAUUGAAUGGUAGUUUGUAUUUAAAUAGAAAGUACAACAAGUUGAGCUUGAGAAAACAGUUAUAAAAGAUAAUCAAUGUGUACGCCGAGAAACAAGAAGUUUUUGCGCGAUAAAUUUUGAAGAAGAGUGGCGAUCACGGAAAUUUGAGACUUUUACAUAGGGAAAUUUAGUUAUGUGUGCCAAUUAUUAAAGUCACUGAGAUCUUUACGGGAAAAUUUAAGUUUGUUUUUAAGUCACGAAGUUCCCGUGAAGAAAAGGAGGAGAUAGGAAAAUAAACAAAAUGGAAAUAGGUCCUCCAAAGAACCGAUCUAAUCGUCGUAUUAAAAUACAUAAAAGAGAAAACGACUUAAAGAGAUUCCAAAAUGGGACCUUUCUUACUGAAAUGAGAAAAAUAACAAAGUUUGCUUUGAGAGCGAGAUUUUUGCAGAAAUGGUUAGUUUUUGCAAGAAAUAUGUUGAAACGUUUGCGCCAAAUUUUCGAUGAAACAAUAUUUUCUACCGAAGGCGAUCUAGAUAGAUCAUAUCGAGAGUUUCCUGAUCCUCAGCGAGGCUAUUAUGCAUUUAUGUUUCACACUGAGUGGGCUAGCGGGCUGCUACAAGAAAAGUUUCGCAAGAAAUUGAUGUGAGUAUGCAUGUUUAUGCCUUAUUUAUCCGCAGAUACCGCGGUUACUGUCCUCAGCUGAAAUACGAAUGCGGCCAUACAUAUGGAAUCGCUACUGAUAAACUCACAACAGUAAGUUGAUACAAUGAAGGAUUCUUUAUUUAGUUCAUUCAACCGAGUUCAUCUGAACAAAUCGGCUGGAAUAAUGGCUUUGAAUGUAUCAUGAUCGUUAUCACUUCAAAAGAAUUACCGAUUUUUCAAUAAUCUUUUAAAAGCAUUCGUGUGCCUGGAAACGCUUUCAAGUUUCGAGUGAAUACAGUGAUACGUUUUGAAAAAACUUGUUCUAUGAAAAUGGGUUUACUAUUGUGCAUGCAGUUACACCAAAAUACUUACUCUCUGAAGGUGUUAUGAAAUUCCAGAUGAAGUUCUUUGACCUCCAUCAAAGGUGCCAUGAUUAUUUCAAUUAGAAAAAGGCUAUACAUACAAACACGUUGUUACUGUAAUGUCAAGUUCAAAUUCAUUCAUUUACUGCCAUCGUGGCCCUUUUGUUGUUAAAAUGUUCGACCAAUUCUUAAAACUGAUUUUUUGUUAACGUCACCUCAGAGGCACAUGCGAAACGAGAAGCUUGUCCCGAUGACUCUACCAGAUCCGAGAGAGAGACAACCUUUCCUGCCCCAACCGAAUGGAGAUAACAAACUCACGGCUGCCAUGGUUCCCUACUACACAGGUUGAGUAUACAUUACAAUAGAAAUAAAAAAAAACAUUUCUUUGCACGCCCACAACUUCAUAUGAGUCCAGAAAGAUGCUUUUGUCUACUAGUUCCGCUCCAUUGUUAGGGCAUUAUUUGGUAAACUGGUAUUCAAAAGGCAUUGCUGCUCACUAAGCAUGUUGUAUUGGCUUCGCCAAUCGGUUUGCCACUAUUGAUGGCUUACAGUGAGAAUUAGACUCACUGCUCCGCCGGCGCACGGUCAUUCUGUUUGAUCCAGCUUUCAUUUGGCAGUCUUAGUAAACGAUCGAUUUUAGUUUUAGCUGCCUCAAGAGUAUCAUGAGACAUGGUAUACCGUAAAUAUAUCAUAAGAAUCAUGUGUACUCUUCACUAACUCGGUGAUUUUGAACUUGUUAUGACACCUUUCACAAACAUAAAUCUUAAUCAAACUCAUGUCACGUACCGCCCGACGUCUUUUUUCACGCACUUGUCAUUUGUGUGUCAUAGCUAUGUAAAUAAGUCUUAUCGAUGUUGUUAUAUGGGUUUAAAAUUUCUCUCAAAGCUGAAGGGUUGACAUUAAAAGCCUUAUUUUGAAUAAAAAAUAGCUUCAUAACACUGACAUCUUCACGCAGCCAUUCACAAAUGAUCGUUAUCGAUCGUGCGCGUAUUCUAAGCAAGAAGGAAAAGAAAUUAGAGCAGUGGGUCGGGAAUGCAGAAUUUGCCCGACAACAUGAAGAAUGACAUUAUGACCAACGUCCAUGUUUUGAUAUCAGAAUCGGGAACAAUCGGGCACGACCGAGAUCACUCGGAAGCUUUCCUGCAAGUGUUUUGACCUUGAGGCUUGGCUGGAUUAGCAAAAGUGAUUCCCGCAAAGAAGUCCAUUGAAACGCCUAUUUAAUGCUGCAAAAUGAAAUUUUCACGAUGAAAUCUUUAAUUCAAGAACAUUGUCACUAAGUCUCAAAUUUAAAAUCAUUCAUGUACCGGACAGCAUCCUUAAAAUACACAUAUUCAAGUACAUCAAUAUUCAAGGCACAUCUUUAAAUUGUUUGAAUGAAAGAAUAAGAGUAGUCAUGCACGUAAACUCAUCCUUGCUGAAUUUUAACAUUGCGAAAUAGAGCCUUAUGAAUUAUUUGACUAAAAAUGACUGAAUGCUUCUGGUUUCAGGUUACGUUCCUACGAUGCGAUUCUUGUACGGUUCUCGCUACAGAGAAGCAACAGAGCAGGCUGUCAGCGAUUUCAUGAAGAAGGACAAAACUCACAGAGCAGAACAAGAUGAUCUGAAAAAAACUGUCUACAGUCAUCCGAAACUAAAACCUGUACCAACUUACAGAGAACCUACAAAUUACCCCGAUCUAACACCUAAAUACGCUAAAGGAUACUUUCCCAGUAAGUGAAGCACAUUAUACAACAAUAUCCACUGGCGAUUGGCAAAUCACUAGUAACUUGGUGAAAUCUAAAAGCCUCUUUGUUAUUGGUUGAUAAAAGUGUAUUCAAUAAUCAGCAAAAAUGCCUCGCUGUUCUUUAGUGUCUUAAAGACAAAGGCGAGAGUAAAAUCAAUUUACAGUUACCCUGAUAGCAACUAAUCAAGGGUAUCUCGCUUCUUGAAGGUGAACAUCGUGAAUUCUGCGAGGCACCUUUACCAGGCUACACGGGUUAUGUACCACGGAGGAGAGAGCAUGACCUGGGAACUAGGUAUGCCACCUGGACCAAAGGCGGAUUCACGGACUCUCUUGAAACGCGUAUGAAACAGGAAGGCUUAGCUACCCAAGCCAUUGACGUAACCAGGUAAACAAAACAAAUAACAAAAGGCUCGAUUCGCAUUCUUGACGCUUAUCAAUAACUAACGCUUAUCCCUUUAGGAUGCCAGUUGCAACAGUGAAGCCGCUGAUCGCAGAGCACGGAACGCUGUACAGGGAAAUGGGAAUGAAACCAAAAUACACAGGAUACAUACCACGUAAGUCGACACUCUCCCCUCAACUUAUUUCACUGAGCGUCAUAAGUGAUACAAGAUUACUUCGUUUUGGCUUUACUGCCAUCUGUGAUCGAUAAAAAAAUAACCUCGAACCACUUUCUGAGAAAAUCUGAGGUUGAUUUCUCAUCAGCCACUUGUGGUAAUUUCCUGUCUCCUGAUUAGCUGCAGUGAUCUCUUUGACACCCACCCGAAGUGUUACCUUUCUACUAUGUUUUAGGUUUCUGUUUUGGUUCCUCUUGCUUGCAUCAGCACUUGACUGACUGCUUACUUGUUUACAUUCUCUCAUUCCUCCCUCUUUUCACUUCACAGAGCGGCGUUUCAGAUUCGGCAACACAUAUGGUGACACAACUCGGUCAUUACCUGUCUGUUUUGACACAUUUGGAUAUUCAACUGCCAAAUACCUGACAACACCCGUCAUGUGAGGAGCCUUGGCAUACUUUCGCGAACAAAAACCUGUCUCUUCAAGUGUUAGAGAGGAAAUUUCGCUACAUAAGUUUUACUAAGAUCACCUUAGUUGAAAAUUUAUCGUUGUUCUUAACUUCUUUUAGUAAAUAUUGCAAAAUUUAGGUUUAAACUAAACGAAUUACGAAGAAAAAUGUCAUCAAGUCUAAGUUGAGGUAUAAGAACGAGCAUCAAGUAAGUUACAGCAGA